ACCCCGGUCGUUGGAGAAGCAUGCCAGAGAUGGUCCGAGAUCUACCAACAGCCGGAAGGUGAGUUUCAAAUAUCCCGGUCUAUUACGGCCCAUCCAGCGAAUCAAGACAGCCUCUAACCCCCGCUCAUUAGGUAUGUACCUGAGCUGGGAAGACCGGGGUAACCUGGCUGCUGUCAUUGCCAACUGGCCCCAGCCUAAUGUGGAGAUCACAUGCAUCACCGAUGGUUCCCGAAUUCUCGGUCUCGGAGACCUUGGCAUUAAUGGAAUGGGUAUCCCUAUUGGUAAACUGGCGCUGUAUACUGGUUGCGCAGGUAUUCGACCUGAAGCUACCCUACCCUUGACGCUCGAUUUGGGAACAAGCAACAAAGCCCUCCGGGAAGACCCGCUGUACAUGGGCAGUCGCCGGGACAAGAUUAGCCCUGAUGAGGAGCUCGAGUUUAUGGACGAGCUGAUGUCGGCUCUAACGGAGCGUUGGCCAGGCAUUAUCAUCCAGUUCGAAGACUUCAAGAAUCCUUUCCCCGCGUUGGAGAGGUACCGAGAUGUCUACACCUGCUUCAACGAUGAUAUCCAGGGUACUGGUGCCGUCAUCCUCGGCGGCGUGAUCAAUGCCGUCAAGCGCUCCGGACUGCCGUGCAAGGACCACCGUGCUGUCUUCCUCGGAGCCGGAAGUGCAGGUGUGGGGGUUGCGAAGCAGAUUGUUGCUUUCUUCAUGCGCGAAGGAAUGACCGAGGAGGAGGCCCGAUCAUGCUUCUACCUCGUUGACAGCAAGGGCCUGGUAACUGCUGACCGGGGAGACAAGCUCGCCGAUCACAAAGUCUACUUUGCCCGAACAGACAACGAGGCUCAGCAAUUCAAGACGUUGGAGGAGGUCAUUGACCAUGUGAAGCCGACUAUGCUGAUGGGUCUGUCCACUCUGGGCGGAGUGUUCACCCCAGAGAUCCUCCGCAAGAUGGCGGACUGGAACACUCACCCCAUCGUCUUCCCUCUCUCCAACCCCUCCUCCAAGUCCGAGUGUGACUAUGAGGCCGCUGUGACCCAUACCGAUGGCCGUGUUCUCUUUGCCUCCGGCUCCCCCUUCCAGCCCAUGUCCUUCACCAACUCAACCGGUGAGACCAAGACCUACUAUCCCGGUCAGGGUAACAACAUGUAUGUCUUCCCCGGGAUUGGUCUCGGUACCAUUCUGUCCAAGGCUGUCAAGGUCACCGAUAGCAUGAUCUAUGCCUCCGGUGAGGCCCUCUCGAAGGCUCUCACGGCGGAAGAGAUUGACUGUGGUCUCCUUUACCCCGAUCUCACCCGAAUUCGCCAAGUCAGCAUUGUCGUGGCUCGAAAUGUCAUCCGAGCUGCCCAGCAGGACAAGGUCGACCGCGAGAUUGCUCUUCGCAACAUGAACGAUGAUACCCUCGAUGCCUGGAUCAAGGUGCGCAUGUAUGACCCUCACUCCGAAGUCCACGCUCUGGAGAGGGAAGUCGGUGCUAUUCUAUCCAGCCUGGGUUCUUCUCUGAACCUAAAUGGCCUUAAUGAGGACGCGGAGAAAAAUUCUAAAUUGUUGGCAUAAAAUUUUUGGCUUGGAGCGCUUUUUGUUGAUCUGGCGUGUUUUGCUUGCAAGACAGCUGCCCAUUCCUGUAUACCCCAUUUAUUCACCGAUUUCGGCUACCUUAAUACCUUUUUCUCUCUUGUCGCAUACCGAUUGUAGGUUUGGGAUU